ACAUGACGUUUUGACCAACCAGUGUCUCGCUUGGCAACGAUACCUCCAUUAGUCUUUCGAAAAAUAGCAACAGACCACUCUAACAAAGAAUAGAAACAAUGUAGUGAAUCUGGAUUAUUAUUUUGUUUGGCUGCCUUCAAAUGGAAGUUUAGUUAUAGAUGCGGCAUGUCGUAAGCUCUAGAAGACAAACGGAGAGCGAGGAAGGGUAUAUUUCGGUGUUUAUUUUCGGAACAUGUCAACGCGUGUGAAACCUUUACCAGUGCCUGUACAAAGGACUCGAUCUCUUUUGACUACAGGCGACAUGUAUACCCAUACAAUUGAUGGAACACAUCAUUUGCCACCAUUAACAAGUCAGACCGUUGGAGGGGCGUCGCACAGUGCUCAUGUGAGUACCCAGGGACCGAAAGUUACCCAGUUGUAUGAAGAUCACAAACAUCAUGAAACGAAAAGAGACCACAUCCAACAUGGCGUGCAAGAGGAACCGGGUGCACUACCAGUGGUUAGACCAAGUUCAAGUGCUGGUAGUAUUGGCUCAAAAUCUGGUUCAGCUGCAAGGAGGAAUAAUGCCAUGAGUCCUGAAUUGGCUAUGAAACAGUACAUGCAUAAACUCACAUCCUUUGAACACCAUGAAAUAUUUAAUUAUCCUGCGAUAUUUUUUGUUGGACAGAAUGCAAAGAAAAGACAAGGUGUUGUAGGUGGUGCAAAUAACAAUGGUUACGAUGAUGAGAAUGGAUCUUAUAUACAUGUACCACAUGAUCAUAUAGCUUAUCGGUAUGAAGUUUUGAAAGUUAUUGGGAAAGGCAGCUUUGGACAAGUUGUUAAAGCUUAUGAUCAUAAAAUUCAGUCCCAUAUAGCGUUAAAAAUGGUUCGAAAUGAAAAGAGAUUCCAUAGACAAGCUCAGGAAGAAAUACGAAUUCUUGAACAUUUGAAGAAACAGGACAAAGACAAUACUAUGAACAUUAUCCACAUGUUCGAGCAUUUUUGUUUUCGCAAUCAUAUUUGUAUUACAUUUGAAUUGCUCAGUAUGAACUUAUAUGAACUCAUUAAGAAAAAUAAAUUUCAAGGAUUUAGCUUACAACUAGUUAGGAAAUUUGCACACUCAAUCUUGCAAUGUUUAGAUGCGCUAUACAAAAAUAGAAUCAUACACUGUGAUCUCAAACCCGAAAAUAUCCUUCUAAAACAGCAGGGCAGGAGUGGAAUUAAGGUUAUAGACUUUGGGUCCAGCUGCUAUGAACACCAGCGCAUAUAUACUUAUAUCCAGUCAAGAUUUUAUAGGGCUCCAGAAGUCAUUUUGGGGGCAAAGUAUGGAAUGCCUAUUGAUAUGUGGAGUCUGGGCUGUAUCCUGGCUGAACUACUGACGGGGUAUCCACUGUUUCCAGGUGAAGAUGAAGGGGACCAGCUGGCAACUAUCAUUGAACUACAGGGUGUGCCUCCACAAAAAUUGCUUGAUCAGUCAAAAAGAGCUCGCAAUUUUAUUAGUUCUAAAGGUCAUCCAAGAUAUUGCACUGUCACAACACUGCCAGAUGGUAGCACUGUACUUCAGGGAGGACGAUCACGUCGAGGAAAAACUAGAGGUCCUCCUGGUAGUAAAGACCUUGUCACUGCUCUUAAAGGUACUGAUGAUCCACUUUUCCUUGACUUUAUGCGACGAUGCCUUGAAUGGGACCCAGCUGGUCGUAUGACACCUGGUCAGGCACUGCGGCAUGCUUGGCUCCGGAGACGAUUACCGAAACCUCCAGGCAAUGAAAAUCGUCAAGAUUCUGCAUCGCGUAAAAAGAUCACCACAGCUAACACUAGCACUUUAGUGUCUAAAAUAGGAAGCUCAUCAAGUGGGAAGGCUCGCCAACAGUAUAUUCAAGAGGACGCUGGAAUGUUGAACACUAGAACAAAAUUACCACAAAUCGGUUCUACUAUGUAGAACAUUCCACGUUGUGAUCACAAACUGAAAUAGAAAAUUUAUCACAUAAUUAUAAUAUUGUUUAAAUGCAAUGAUAUUUCUAAAAGCCGUCCACACAUGCCUUAUUAAAAAGAUAUAAAAUCACUCACUGUGGUUUUUGAAUGGAAAUUGUGUGAAUUUUUAAAUGCACCAGCCAAAAUGUGGAUUGAAGAUUAAAUUUCGUGGUGAAUUAGAAUCAAUGGAUUUUCUUUUCCAUAUAUUAUUUGAUUUCAAUACUAUUCUAUUAUAGUGACUUUCGUACACUCAAUGUGCUGUUCAGUGAAAAUGUGCAUCAGGUUUAAAUGUGGAAAUUUGUUUGAAUGUGCGAUGAAUUCCAUAGGGAAUGAAUUUUUUGUGAAGUGUAUUGUUUGUUAAUGAUCAGUAUUUAUUGAACAAAAUGUUCAUAUUUUUACCACAUUGUGUGCACAAUAUUCUGCCAGUGGAAUGUGUUUUACUUCAUUCAAACCAGUUCAGGCAGGAUAUAAAAACUGGACAAUGAUCAUUUAACAUUGAUCAUCCAUUUUCUGUGAUAAAUAGCUUACCAUGUUGCCCACAUUGGUAUUCGAAGCUGCUAUGUAUGUGUUUCUCAACAGACGGUCUAUCAUGGAUAAAAAUUGUGUAAUGUUUUGGUCAGAGUAAAGAAAUGGAUUGAUUGUUUUUUUUUUGUUGCAUUACUGGUACUUGGUCUUUUAACUCUGAUUAAGGCGUAACAAAAAUUUGCUUAUUUCCGGUAGGUCAGUAUUUUUUUAAUAUUUUUUUUAUUAUUAAGUGGGUCUUUUCGGAAAUUAUUUUUGUGUCAAAAAAUGAAUACAAAUAUUGAAAUAAGGGGGUAAUGCAUUUAGAGCAGCAGUAAGUUGAUUUCUAACAUCUCUGACCAUGUUUAAAGCAUAAAAAGUGCAGUUUUGUAACUUUUUGUUAAAAAAGUUGAAAAAAAAAAAUCUCCAACAGUUCCAUAAAAACAUUUAGGGUCAGGCCAAAAAAUUAUGGUAGGUCAGGAGACCGGAACAAUUUUUUUUAUGCCUAAUGAAUAAAUGUUUCCCUGCCAUCUGUCUGAUUAUAGGAAAAAACUAUUUAUUUAUAGUUUGUUAAGGCUAGUUUUAAUUAGGUCUUUUAUCUUGUUAAAUGCAUUUGUCAGGAAUUUUAAAUUGAUUUUUAAUUUUAUCAAUUUUUGAUAUCCAGAGUGGCAGCAACAUACCCUUUUUUUCUUUUUUUUUUUUUUUGCCUUGACCUAAAUAUUGCCCGUGAAUUGUAACUGUAUUAAGAACACGUUUUAAGUAUAAUUUACAGUUUUAUUAAAAAGACAGUUUUAAAGAAACAAGUACCGGAGUAAGUCCAUGAAAGAAAUACAAUUUUGAAAAUUGUUGACAGAUCUUGCUGGGUAUACUUGAAGCCUGAUUUACAUUAAUGUUCUGCAUGUGUCUACAAUGUCAGUGUUUUAAGUAUACCUUUUAUUCUGCAUAAAAUGGGAUUGUUUGCUGAUACAGUCUGCAAAGCUUAAUUCUUUAACAUCUCUUUUGGCCAUAAAACAUAGUAAUAUUAGUUUGGCCUAAUACUGGAUAAGCCAUCAAAGUGUUGUGUCUGAUUUAUGUAAUUUGCCAGUUGAUUGACAGGUCUGUAUAUUGCAAUCUCUGCCUCCAGUCAUCAGUUAGUUUUCCAAUAAGCAGAACCUGACCAGAAAACCCUGGCUGUGUAUUGUAACUAGAGAAAAUAUUCUGUUAAUGAUUUUGGCAUAUGUUGGUAAAUAUUAGAAGAAAUGAUAUUUCGCAGCAUCAUUGGUUUUUAUUCAAGCUUGUUUCAAUUAUUAUUUUUUUUAUCGGGUAAUAUAAGGUUGAUUGUAUUAAGAAAUUUACAUGCAUCAUUGUUUUUACAUUUUUUCUCUCAAUUCAAACUCACCAUCUGAAGUAUUUAUAAAACAAUUUAAUCUCAUUAUAUACAGCUGAUUAUAUAUACGAGGGAUUACUUGGAAUAUUUAUUUUAGCAGCAUUUACAUUAAAUUAUACAGACGUGGCUUGUAUACCCCUUUACUCCAUAGAUACUCGUUUUAACGCAUCUAUGCAUUACUCCAUAGAUACUCCUUUUAUCGCAUUCUACUACACCGAUAGUUUAAAUGCAAAAUACCAAUAAAAUAUAUUGGCAAUGAAGCCCACAAAAGCAUAUUUGUGAAGUUUAAACUGUUAAUAAAAGAUCAGUUUCAGAAAAACUUGUGGUUAUAAUUGUAAUUUAUUGAUAAUUAUCACUUUUAAUUCAGGUGGCAUUUUCUGAAAAUCACACUGACUUUAUAUAUAUUAGGACAGCUAUUGAUGGAUGGAAAAGUAUAUAGGUGACCCAAAAACUAAGUUAUUAUUUGCAUUCUAUCAUUCAACUAUGGCAAAUUAUGUAAAAGUGAGACAUAAGAUUGGUGUAAUAAAAGGUGUGGUUACCAUAACAACCAUUAAAAUCCAUAGAUCACUUGUCAACAUUAUGGAAUUUAUGCUAAUUGACCUGGGCCCCUUGGAAGUGUGUUUAUUGUGCACAGCUGUCAAAACAAGGCAAUUAGGGUGUUGUUUGCAUCAUUAUUUAUGAUGUGGAUCAACAAAUUUUAUAGAAAGUGUCUUUGAUCAGUGCUUCUUAUCAAAACAUUAUGAAAUUAAUUAAUUUUAUGAUCUAUGAAGUUCUGUAAGUUUGGUAGGGGUGUAGAUUUUAAUGAUUAAUUAAAUGGGUUUGCUUAUUUUGAAAAUCACUUAAUAUAGACCUUUCUAGUCUUUCAUUUACCUUCAAUUAAUAAAACUGUGCAUUUGUAACAGUAAAAAUAUUUCUUUUCUGUUGUAUCACAUGCAUAAAACAGCUAAAUUAUAAUAAUAUUCUAAGGUUUAGGUUUGUAGCUUUCUAUUGUGAAAAAUAUUUAUCACAAAAUUAUGAAAAAUAUACCAUCAGAAAGGAAAUUUAAUUCUAAAAAUAAAUUAUGUUGGACACUAAAUGGUUAAAACAAGUAUUCAUAGACUAAUUUUGAUCUGAGUAACACAGGUAUAAAUUUUGCAUUUUUCUCCAAUAACCUGUAUGGAGAUAGUGUACAGAUAAUGCAACUGAGUGUAUUGGGUAUCAAUAAUCAAUACUAUUGUAUCUGUAUGGAGUAAUCGGAUACUGUUAAUAUUUUUGAAACAUGUAUAUAAAAAAACAAACCAAAGUGUAUAGGAUUUAUUUCAUGUAUUGUAAAACAAUGGCCAAUAUUCAGUUCAUUAAUCUGUAAUCCAAACAUUUCAGAUAAGUGAACCUAAUCUUUUCAGGUUUUCAAAACCUACUGGGCAAAUACAUUCACAUAUUGAUUUCAAUAGUUGUUCUUUAGGCCAAAAUUAAAAAUAUGUUUGUUUGCUGUCUCCCUACCUACCCGCUUACAAUGCUGCGCCCCAAAAGUUUUUACUGGACAAUGCUGGUCAAAUUUUUUUAAGUUGCGAUAUGACAAGUGCCAUAAUUAUAUUUCAAGUAAGCAAAAUAAUAAGUAAGAAAGUUUAAAUGAAUUUCAUCCUUUUAUACAACUUAUACAGAUUUGUCUUAUUUUUAAGAUAAGAAAUAUUCUGUAAGAAAUGAUCGUAAUUAUAUUCUGGUAAAAGUAUAAUCCCCCCACCAAAAAAAAAAAAAAAUGCCUACCUACCCAACUUUAAAAAGUAGGGUCGGGAGACAGCAAACAAAGACUUUUUUAAAUGUGGCAUUAGCCUCAAAUGACAGGCCCGUUCUAUUGAAGAAACAUACAUGUAUGUAAUUGUAAAAUCUAUGGACAUGGCAGAGGUUGGAUAUAUUUACCAGAAAUUCCAGUUGUGAUACAGCUUAAUUCUCCUCAGGUUCAUUUUUUAUCAUAUUUUUAUUAAGUUUCAUUUAUGUACAUGCAAAAUGUUCCUGACUUUCUUUUAAUUCUGUACAGGCCAUAACAGUGCAUAGCAAAGCUUUCCAAAACCAGUUUAUGAAUUAUUUUUUGUAUUUGCAUGUUUAAGUAUCAGUUGGCAAACAAAUGAAUUUUAUCUAUACAAAUAAAAUGAAGCUCUACAAAAGGAAUACCAACAUUUCUAAACAGCACUUGAUGACUUCAUAUUGAUAUUCAGUUUUAAUUACAUAUACAUUUUUGUACAAAAAAGCUUCAUGUAGGUUAAAAGCUAUAAAACGCUUGUUGAAUACUUGUGCUAGUUUGUAAUAAUAAGUAUGGUUAGUGGUAAAAAAAUAAUAAUAAUUUGUUACAGUAAUAAAAGCGUAAUUAUUUGCAAUUUUCAUUUUUCAUGUUCGUGAUUAUUGUUCAACAUUUGUCUGAUGUCCUGCAAAAAGUUUCUAUUCAUGAGAAAACAUAUUGCAUUUAUGUCAUUGUUAUAGAGUAGGGAUCAAAUUCAUUGAACAAAAAAUUAUUUCAUUCAUCUUGAAUUUCAACUGAAACUUGAGAUGGUAAUUAUUACUGUGUAUGACUGACACAAAUAAAACUCUUUUAUAUGUGAUGUGUAACUUGCUGGUAAAUUGGUACAUGUACAUUUGUUUUGAUACUUCAUAUUUUUGUUCUCUUUCCAAAAAAUGAGAAGAAAAACGAUGAUAGUUAAAUUUAGAUAUAGUCCAUACUGUUACUGAAUGACCAAGAAGAGUUCAUAAAAAUAAAACAGUUUACAAGUUACAGUGUAUUUAAAUGGUGGUGACUUGAGAUUUCUAAAUUAAGUUUGUAAGAGUUUUUGUCUUAAUUUUGCUACCUUUCAAAAGACUUUGACAGGGAUAUGCAGUUAACUGGUGGAUCGAAUUUACCAUUGUUUCUUGAUUGAGGAAAAUAGCAUUUAUUAUACAAUUCAUGUACACCCGUUUUAUUUUUUGGAUAUUUCUUAAAAUAAGUAUUCAGCAAAUUUCAAACAUUACUUCAAGAAAAACUUAAAAACAUGAUUAAUGUAAAAUUGUUUUAAAUGGAGUUUGCAGAGUUUUGUCAUUGCUAUUAAAUGUUGAUGCCUGUAAUCUGUUUUAUGUUGUUAAAAUCCAGCUGACCAAAUUUAACUGCUGAGAAAGAUCUGUAGAACCCAGUACAAAACAAAAUAUCACAAUACACCUUGGUACAAUUGUAAGUUUGGGCACCCACCCCUUAUAACUUAUGAACAUGAUACUGAAAGAAUGUUUCUUCAAAAAUAUUUAUGAUUUUAAUACUAAAAUAUGUUUGUAAAUUAUCAAACUUUUAUUUUGCAUGGUUAUAAAUAAAGGGGUUUUUAAUCCUUAAAUAUAAAAGUACAGAUAUUUGAAAUUGUGAUGGGAAAAAUUAUAUCAUAGAAUUUCCUGCAUUGUUUCUUAUCAAGGAAAAUCUAUUUAUCAGAAUCAUCCUGCAUAAUUCAUGAGUUUCUUUUAGAAGAUCUGGGAAGAAAGAAAAUAUUACCAUGUAACUAGGUUAGCUAGAACUUCAAUCAGCUUGUAAUAGGACCAGGGCAGAAAAUAUUGAUGAUUCUUUUUCUUUUAACACAAUUAUUGGUUCUAGUUAGCAAAUAAAAGUGUAUAAAUAAGCAGUUUGUAUGAGGAAAAUCAUUGAUUAUUUUAUCCCAAUAUUUCUUUGGUUGUGUGGGCUGACUGUCAUUAAGUCAUUCAUAUUUAGCCGAUGCUGAUGUAAUUACAUGUUAGUGAAAUAGCAGGUCAGAGAAAUAUAUUAAACAGUAUCAUAUCAAUCAUUUUAGACAAGGUCAACAUGAUUUAUGUACAUGUGUUUUUUUUGCACUAGUGUUUUAUAUUUCUCAAGAAAGUGUUUAGGAGUAUUGAGUAAAGUUUUUCUAAACUAAGGAAACAUGAACAUAAAGAUAGUUUUGAUAAAAAAUGAAAAGAGCUGCUAAAUUUAUGUUUGACAGGAAAUUUUAACCAUUCAUUUGUCAGUGAAUUAGCAAUUAAGUUGUGUUUCAUAAGCAGUGCAGCAAUUAAGACCUAGUUAUAAGUGUUGGGGAUUGUUUUUAAAAAAUGCCACAGAGGUAUAGAAGAUAGAAAUAAGCCUGGUUUAAAUCUUCUCUAGAUAUUACUGACCUGUGAUUGUUUUUGGCCAAUAGAUACCUAUAGAAUAAAUGUACAUGUACCAUUAGCAUAGGUUUGUCAUACAAUUUACAGUAUAAUUGAGUAAUGUGAUUUUUGAUGUAAACAUAGGGACCAUAAUGUAAAAAUAGUGUAAAAUUUUAAUGCUUUAAAGUUUUUCUCUGCAGUAUGAUAAUACAAUUCCCAGUACCAGUCUUAAACUUAUUGAUUUUGUCAUUGCUAAGAUUCCAUAACGUCUAGUAUAUAAAAGGUAUAAAAUUUCAUCAAUGUUAUGGUUUUAUACAUUAAUAUAGUAGGAAGUGAACAUAUGAACUUACUUUAAGGUUCAAAAUGGAGUUUACUCAGUGCUUAAAACAAAUAACCUUGGAAUGUAUUUUCCAAAUACUGUUUUUAUUAUACUUGUAUGUUAUUUCAGAGAAAAUCUCGUGAAAAAUUACGUUCCUCGUGAUAGUUUUUUCCAGGUAUUUCAUUAGAAAUGACAAAGGCUCACACCAUGUGUUUAAUCAAGCCUAAUACACAUCCUUUGUUCAUUUAUGAAAAUCAGUGUAUGAAAAAGUGCAUUUUUUUCAUGUGCUCUUUCGACUUGCAACUUCUUGUUUCUACUCUGACACCAGUAUAUUGUGCUCCUAUCUGUUACUUAUGUAUUAUAAGUUUGUUUUUAUUUAUUCUUUUACAUUUUCCCCCAUCUCUCAACUUAUUAAUUUUUAUCCUCAGUCUUUUAAUCUCCGUCAGAAUGACAACAAAAUAGUCUGAUUUUAUAACAGCCUUUUAUUUACUGUAAGUUUUUCAUAUUUUUAUAUGAUAUAGUGUAUGUAGCAUUUAUAUACAUACAAAUAUACAAUUUGGUGGAAAAUGCCAAAUAUUGUUAGUGGAUGCUGAAACUGUUAUUGAGUAUUUCAGACUGUAUGCUGGAAUUGUUAUAGAAUAUUUCAGACUUGUGUUAUUGAUUGAAUGCUUGAAUACAGAUAUUUUUAACAAAAAGUGUAAAAUUUGACUAUUAAAAUGACACUGCAAUA